AUGUGGGAUAAGACAGCCAACCAUCGGGAUCGAUUUCAUCAGCAAGAAUAUCGCAACCAGUGGCAAGAUCAUACGCCUGCAGCUCUGGGACACUGCCGGACAGUAGAGAUUCAAAAGCCUCAUCCCCAGCUACCUCAAAGACGCCCAUAUGGCUCUCGUCGUCUUCGACCUCGCAAGUCCGCCUGCCCCUAUCUAGAUCUCCCCUCAGCCGAAAGCAUCCCCAAGUGGGUGGACUUCAUCCGCGAGGCCGGCAAGAAGGACAUCAAGGUCUACAUCAUCGGCAACAAGUGCGAUCUGGAGAACGAGAUUCUCAGCGAGACUCGCAAGAUGGCUGAGGACCUCGCCGAAAAACAGGCAGAGUACUACCGCGAGGUCUCCGCCAAGACCAGCGCCAACAUCGAAGACCUCUUCAAUAAGAUAAUCGACGACCUGCUCGCCUCCCUGAACAAAAAGAAGGAACCAGUUGCGCAGAACCUCAGCGAGCCCGAGAAGCCAGCCGUCCAGAACGAGGCGGGGAAGGGGAAGGAGGACAAGAGCAUCAAGCUGGGGUCGAUUGAUUCGAAGACGUGGCAGAAUCAAGUGGGCGGCUGCUGCCAGAAGUGA